AUGGGAGCUAUUGCCAGUAUUAAGCAAAGACGAGCCUUGGCUGCAGUGCCUGGCGGAACAGCUACUAAUGAUUUAAAAGAUAGAGAAGAUAAAAUUAAUGCUAUUUUUGGUUCUCCUGCUGGCACAUUAACUGAUUAUAAUAAUCUUAACGCUCAAUUAAAUAUUGUUAGAGUUGAAUUAAAUAUUAACCCAGCUAUUACUGAUAAUUUUGCUACUCCUUUAACUGCUGCGGAUUUAGCCGAAUUAAAAACUACCCGCGGAGGCUUGACUACUAUUAAAACUGAAUUAAGAAUAACUGAUUUAACUACGGUAAAGGUUGAUUAUCUAGAUAAUGGAAGUAAAACAUUACCCCAACUAAAAAGCCAAGCUGACGAAUAUAAGAAAAUUGUUGAUAAAUUAGGUCAUAGUCCGACUGAUAGCGAAUUAGAUAAGUUAACCCAAGUUUCUGAUUUAGAAAAUAAAUUAAGCCAAGCUCAACAAGAAGCCCAAGCUAAGCAGGAAAAAUUAGAGCAACAACAAGAGCAAUAUAAAACUGAAAAGCAACAAUGA